CCCAGACUGCGGCAUAGACACAAGUCAGACCUGUUUCUGUUUCACUUGCACCUGACUGCAUUCUAACAAUGCCUUUGCACAAAUAUGCAUUUUGUCUACUGCCACCAAGUGAAUCAUAGGACUAGGAAGCUGUAUUAUAAACCAAACUGAGGCUGUUUUAUUGUUUCCUCCCUCCUGUUUUGUUUUUGAGCAGCACAUGAAGGAGACUACCAUCACUUUGACCAGAAGAGACUUCAAGAGAUCUUGGUGCACAGAACUGCUUGGUGAGUCUGCAUUGCUGGGGCAGGUCGUGUGCAGCUAGUUAGACUAAUGCCCGUGACACAGUGGUCCGGACCAGAGGAGGAUGAGUCCGGCCGGGGAGGCUCAGGCUCUGGAGGCCAUAGAGGCAGAGAAGAAGAAAAAGCAGCAACAUCAGCAGCAGUUACAGGCCCAGAGCUACAUGGAGAAAGGGGUGAUGCUUGAGCCCUUCGUACACCAGGUGGGGGGUCACUCCUGUGUGCUGCGAUUUGGGGACCAGACCAUUUGCAAGCCCCUCAUUCCACGUGAGCACCAGUUUUACAAAAGCCUGCCUGCUGCCAUGAGGAGGUUCACCCCACAGUACAGAGGUGUGGUGUCUGUGAGCUUUGAGGAGGAUCAUGAAGGGAACCUCUGUCUUUUUGCAUACCCCCUGCGCAGCGACCCCACCGACCUAGAGAACAAAGACCCCUUGACCGAUAAUGAGCCCAAGACUAAAAUAGUUAAACUGAGCAAAAAGAUGGCUUCCUCGCUGCUUAUGGACAGUGAAAACUACAAAGAUCACCGUCCUACUUGCAAAGAUAAAGAAAAAAGUGCCCAUAAACUACAAGAGGAGGUGGAGCGGGACUGGCUUCAGCAGGCCGAGGUGCUACACUAUCGUUUGGAGUGUAGCCACACUAACGCGACCCCACAGCUAAAGCACAACCCCUGGAGCCUCAAGUGCCACCAGCAGCAUCUGCAGAGGAUGAAGGAGAACGCCAAGCAUCGCAACCAGUACAAAUUCAUUUUGUUAGAAAAUCUAACAUGGAGGCACACAGUUCCAUGUGUGUUGGACUUGAAGAUGGGCACCAGGCAGCACGGGGAUGAUGCUUCAGAGGAGAAGAAAGCUAUGCAGAUCCGCAAAUGUCAGCAAAGUACAUCAGCCUUGAUAGGGGUCCGGCUCUGUGGUAUGCAGGUAUACCAGCCUGACACUGGUCAGCUAAUGUUUAUGAACAAAUACCAUGGGCGCAAGCUUACCCUGAGCAGCUUCAAAGAGGCCCUGUUCCAGUUCUUCUACAGUGGCCGGCGUCUGAGGCAUGAGCUGCUGUCUCCUGUGCUGCGGAGGCUCUGUGACAUGAAGACCACUCUUGAAGACUGUGAAUCCUACCGCUUUUUCUCCAGCUCCCUGCUCAUCAUCUACGAUGGGGCAGCCCACGUGGAGCAGAUGCACAGACGCACUGAGGAUAGACUGUCAGAGGAGGAGGACGAUGACGAAGAGGUGCAUGUUCAAAAUGAGGAGUACAAAGAGGCGCAGGCCGGGGCGCUAAGCUUUGCGUCUACUGAAACCUCCAGCACUAGCCACAAUGUAGACGUGAGGAUGAUAGACUUUGCCCACACAACUUGUAAACAUUACGGCGAAGACAGUGUGGUUCAUGAGGGACAAGAUAGUGGCUACAUUUUUGGUCUCCAGAAUCUAAUAACAAUCAUAUCAGAACUGGAGGACCAUAGCACAAACCAAGACUGAGACUUUCCAAGGCACAAAAGGGAGGACCAGACUUUAAAAAGCAGCUGACUGGUUGGGUGUUGGAAAGCUUUGCAGCUGUUCUUGGUGUAUUUCUUUCAUUUGUGCAUUUCUGGGAUGUAUGAAGCCAAUAAGGCAGCAGUUUCGUUGUUGUCAGAAUGUUUGAUGCCUGUUGCUGAUAAGGUCUGGAUGCAGCAGAAAUACUUUUUUGUGUGUCUGAAUCUAAUCAAACGGUAUGGCUGUGUGCGCAUUAAUACACUUUAUUGUCCUGCAUAGUGAAGGGAAAUUCACAAAACGAGAUCCACUGUGGAGUAUCCCAUUGUAGUGGUUUGAAAUGCACCAAGUCUUGGCCUUAAUAGAAAGAUUUUUAUUUGUCAAAAAUCAGUGCAGCUUUAAAGUUAUUAGUGUGGAUGCAGCCUACAUAUUUUGCACAAAGCACAUUCAGGGUGAGUGUGUGUUAAACAGGGCUUUCUAAGGGAGCAAGAAUUGUAUUUGCAAUGUUGUGUGACAAGAUGCAAGUUUGGGUGUGGCUCAUUCAUCUGUCCAUAUAGAGAAUAUAAUGAUAUAGAAAUAUAAAAUGUAUACAUUAUUUAUUUGACAUGAUUCAUAAUAGAAUAAAAGAGAAAAAGAAGCAAAUGGAGCGUACUACAUUCCAUGUUAUUAAUGUUACAAUAAUGAUAUUAAUAAAUAUUGUUAUUUGACAUGUUUGGAUACCUCUAUCUUAUCUGUG